CAGGAAGUGCUUCUUGACAGCUAUCAGAGAAAGUGGAACACAUUGUCCUCUCUGCCGGGGGAGCGUGACUAAAAAAGAAAGAACAUAUCCCAAAAGGGCUCUAGAUGUUGAGAACAGUAUGAAGAAAGCUUCUGGGGGCUGUAGAUGCUGUGAGAAGCAGGUUAGAUUUUCGUGGAUGAGACAGCAUUAUAAAACGUGUAAGAAGUAUCAGGAUGAAUAUGGUGUUUCUUCUAUUAUUCCAAACUUACAGAUUUCCCAAGAUUCAACAGGGAACAGUAGCAGGAGUGAUGCAAUAUCUGAUAAUGGCGAGAUGGCUAAUAAUCAAAUACUUCAAGGAGAAACAAGUGGACAUCCAACCUUCAAAUGCCCCCUGUGUCAGGAAGCCAAUUUUACCAGGCAACGUUUGCUGGAUCACUGUAAUAAUAGACAUCUUUAUCAGAUAGUUCCUGUAAUCUGUCCUAUUUGUGUAUCUCUCCCUUGGGCAGAUACUAACCAGGUUACUAGAAAUCUUGUUAGCCAUCUAAAUCUAAGACACCGGUUUGACUACGGAGAAUUUGUGAAUCUUCAGCUUGAUGAAGAAGCCCAAUACCAAAAUGCAGUUCAAGAAUCCUGUCAUGUGAACUUUUAAAGUAUAGCUCCCCUUCAUCUUACUGAUUAUCUGAGAGAAAAAUUACAUUCAUUCUAUUGGUGAUCUGAAGUGUAUAUUAAUAAAAAUGGUAUUCAGUAACCACUUUUCAGGCUUAACUUUUUUCCACGCUCAUAAGGACUUGUCAUAAACAAUUUUGCUGAAACUCGAACUUCACAUCUUUACUGAGAUCCAUCCCUGUGGAAUUAGGGACCUUUUUGGAACUUCUCAUUGUUGUCUUGAUUUUUCUCUAACUUUUACUACUCUGUUAGUUACAUGGUUGCUUUUAUUAAUGUCAGAUAUUUUAAUUCACCGAAACCAACUUUGAAAGUUUUAUCUUUAGAAAGACAUGCAAAGAUGCUCUGUUGCACUGUUGAGUUUCUUUAAGUUCAGCUGUCAUCUGCUAAGAUAUCUAUGAGAUGAUAAUUUUUUU